AUGGCAGGUAACACUCUAUCAGAUCAGUCUCAGUCUGAGAAGCAGGGCGGUUCCAUCGUCCCCUCUUCGGACCCGGACCCUGAAUCCAUCUCCGGAACCCAGCACGGAGACGGAGAAUCAUCCCCUGCAGAACCAGAACAUGAAGUCUACCCGGAGGGCGGUACCCAGGCAUGGCUUGCCGUUGCGGGCUCCUUCCUCGUUUACUUUGCAUCUUUCGGUGUCGUGAACAGCUUCGGCUUCUUCCAGACCUUUUAUCAACAAGAGUACCUGAAGAAUUACUCGCCCACCGCCAUUUCCUUCAUCGGAACCCUGCAGAUCACCCUGAUGUAUCUGUCAGGUGCUGUUGCCGGAGCACUGUUUGAUCUCUACGGUCCCAAAUGGCUCUACCUGUUCGCUGCCAUUGGUGGUGCCGGUUCCAUGCUUGCGACAUCCUUCACGCAGCCGAAUGCAAUCUGGCAGCAAUUUUUGGCCCAAUCACUUCUCUUCGGUCUCACAGUCGCCUAUGGAGUGCAAGUAAGUAGUUUACUCUCCUCCUGUUGA